UUUUUGUUGGCUGAUUUGUCAACACGUAGUUUACUUACGUCUGUCACGCAAAAGAUUAAAAACUAAGUGAAAUAUUAAUGAAUUUAUUUCUAUUAUAAUUAACCCUUAACUGUUUUAAUUUUUCCUUUAUUGGUCAAUACACCGUUUGUAGUUUUAUUCUGAUAAUGCCUUCCAGCGACAGUGAAGACUUUGAAAGUGCUGAUGAAGGGCAGAGUCCAGACAAAAAAGAGAGAAAACAUCGACUAUCAUCUUCAAAUUAUAGUGAGAAUUCAUUAGAAAAUAAUUUAGAACAUAAAAAAACACCAAAUAGUGCCAACACCUUGGAAAAGCCUGAGGAAAAUACGAAUGAACCUACUGAUGGGUGGGAUGACUUUGAUAUAGAUGAAAAUGAGUCAAUAGAACCUGAGCCCAGACUAGAAGUAAAGAGUAAGACAAAUAAAGAGACAGUAAAAAAGGAAAGCACAAAGAGUGAAGAUACAGGAUGGGAUAAAUUUGAUGACUGGGAUCAAGAUGUUAAUACCAGUAGUACUAAAAUUGAAAAUGAUCCACCAGUACCUUCAAAGCAACCUGAACCAGAUAUAAAAGAAGUUACAGAUCGCCUGGCUGCUGCAUCCACUAAAAGCUCGGGGUGGGGAUGGGGUUGGGGAGUGGAUUCCUUAUUAAGUACAGCAACAGCUGGCAUAACAACUCUUACCACCCAAGUGUCACAGGGUUUAACCACUGUUCUUGAAACUGGUAUUGGAGCCCCAGACCCUGAAGAAUUGGCCAGGAGGAAUUUAAGAGAUACUGAAGCGACACCGAGUAAAUCUGAUGAUGUGGUAACUUCAGAUAGUGGAAAAGAGGAGACUGAUGUACCAAGGAGUACAAGUGAAACAGCAUUUCCGUUCGGCAGUUUAUUAUCAGGAGUUACUAAAUUUGUUGAGACUACUGGCACAAAAGUAAUAUCAGGUGGCUUGGACACUCUAGAAACAAUUGGGAAAAAAACAAUGGAGGUGUUACAAGAUGGAGACCCAGGCUUGGCUAAAAAGCGUGCUAUGCUCGGCUUGGAUCCUGGCGAUAAACCAGUACUGUCCCAGGUGUUAAGAGAAGCGAAGGCAAAGGCAGAAGAGGAAGAUAGAAUACGAGAAGAGAAGAGAGAAGCGAAAGAAGUGCAUUAUGAAAAUUUAUUUGACGAUUUUGAAGGCCUGGUGCAUUUAGAAGCCUUAGAAAUGCUGUCGCGUCAGGUGACGAUGCGUCUAGAUGAACGAAUACAAGCCGCUGCACCUGAGAAGAGACAGGAUAUCAAGGAGACGUUACAGCAAGUUGCAGAACUUUGCGAGAUGCCAGAGGAGGAUGAUGAUGACGAGGAAACACCGGCGAAAGAUAUGUCCAAAGCUGACGCUUUCCACGAGAGAUUGCAAACCGCAACACAAGACCUUGGCCUAAAACUGCAGUUCCAACCUUUGAUCAAACAAUACAAUGACAUAUUAACCUGGCUGGACACUUCGGACGCUGAUCUGACGCAAAAAGCCGUGUACAAGCGGUCAGUGAGCGGGCUGGCCCAAGCGACCGCACUCUCAGUAGAGUUGUACCAUAAAACAGCCGAAAUGCUGCUCGUGAAGACGCGACGGUCCACUGCGGACGAAGCUGAUGCACUUACACAGAUGACAGUGGCUUUGACAAAACAUAUCGGCGAUCUGGCUACUUUGUUUACGGAGAAAUUGAACUCUAUACCUACUGAUAAUAAGGAACAAAAUAAUACUUAUAUUACCAACAUAUUUUUAGAGGCCGGGAAUAGUUCUACAUACAUACAAAAUGCAUUCCAAUUAGCUCUGCCUAUAUUGCAAAUUGGUGCCGUAUAGAUGUAUAUCUGUAUAUAUAUAAUUAUUGUAUAGUCUACCUGUCUGUCUGUCUUCACUAUUUGCUUAAAACUUUGUGUGUUCAAAUCAGAAAAUUGUAUGUAUUGUAGUUGAUUUCUCGAGUCAUUCGAGUUUUCUGAGAAGGCGAGUAAUGUAAUUCAGAAUUAUGACAAUAACUUUAAAAAUGCAUUUUAUCUAGAAAUCUUAGAAAAGAAAGAUGAAUAUUAAAAACCAUUCAAUUACCAGAAUAUUAUUAUCGAGUAAUCAAUAACAUCAGUGUCAGUUUUUUUUUUUUUUUAUUAAUUUUAAGGCUAUUUUAGGAUAUUUACCAGAGGGAGACUUUGUACAAAAGUCGAUUGCUUGGGUACCUCUGUCCCAUUCGUGUUUCAACCGUGAAGCAGUUGUGUUUGCAUAACUGUGUUUCGGUUUGAAGGAUGGGAUAUGGCGUGAAUUUACUGGGUACAGAGGAAUAACACCUGAGUCCUCAGGAAUGGCAACGCAUGGGGGGUAUCAUGGGCGAAACAGUAUACUCUAUUAUGUCCAUGGUACUGCUCAUGUCUAUAGGCGACGGUUACUACUUUCCAUCAGGUGGGCCGUCAGCUUGUUUGCCAUUCUAAGUAGUAUAAAAAAAAAAAAAAAAAAAAAAAAAAAAAAAAAUAUGCAAACUUAACACUAAAAUAGGUGAAUGCUUCCAUACACCUAUUAAUAAAAUAAUAAAUACUUAUAGAAUAAAUUCAAACUCGAUAAAAUUGCAUGUAUACUAUAAUUAUUAAAAGCUGUACAUCACUACAUUAUAUAAAACAAAGUCGCUGUCGCUGUCUGUCCGCCCCUAUGUAUGCUUAAAUCUUUAAAACUACGCAAUGGAUUUUGCAGCGGUUUUUUUUUAAUAGAUAGAGUGAUUCAAGAGGAAGAUUUAUAUGUAUAAUACGUGCAUAAUAUAGUAGAGAAACACUGAUAAAUUUAGAGGUUUUCUAAUGUGAUAUGAUGUAAUGUGCAACCCAUGCGAAGCAGGGGCGGGUCGCUAGUAAUUUAUAAUUUAAUAUAUAACUUCUGUAUUUAUGACACAGAAUUAUUAUUUACUAAUACUGUAAUUGCCAUUGACAGUUUAACAUUGAGUAUGUAUUAUUACGUAAUUUUGUACUUCAUCAUCAUCAUCAUCACCAUCAUCAUAACAGCCAUUAAUUGUCCACUGUUGAACUUGAGUCCAACUCCCCAUGGGUGUUUUGCCAAUAGUUGCAGUUAGACUUUAAUGGUGUUUUAAGAGGGACGCUGCUGCCCAUCCCUCGACUACUAAUUUUGUAGUUACAAACUGGAAAUGCAAUCAUAGCAUAAUGUAAAUGUGGCGACAUAACCAAUCUGUUUCAAACAGAGUGUAGUUAUAUAAUUUAUAUAUUUAUUAUUAUUUCAAUUAAAAUUCUUACAUUCGGUGGGCAUUCAGAGCUUUACUUGGACUAAAUGCAAUAGUUUCUUCGGCUAAUGAGUCAUUGUACAAUACUUAAUAUUGCAACGUAAUUACGAGAAAAAAUUUGUAUUUGUAUGUUUUCUUUAAAAUGUAUGCUUUGUCUAAUAUGCAUGGGUAAUAUCCGUACCGCCCCAAUACCUAUAUAUUGGCUUCCAGAUAUUGAUGGCGAAAAGAAAAUUAUCAGAUAUUGAUAUCGCCCAUAUCGGUCAGAUAUAUGCAUUCGUUUCAAUUAAAAAAAUACUCCAUAUCAAUAUUAUCAAUUAGACAACCGAUAUAUAUAUAUAUAUAUAUAUAUAUAUAUAUAUAUAUAUAUAUAUAUAUAUAUAUAUAUAUAUAUAUACGUUUUAUUGGACCAAUAUAUAGAUAUAAGUAAGUACAAUAUAUAUUGUUGUGUAUUACCCAUCCCUACUGCCCAAGUAAUCAUAAUUAUUUAAAACUUAAUAUGCUUGAAAAUGUGAUUAUAAUAAUGAUACUACAGGCCACUAUUGCGUGCGUAAACGAUCCUGUCUAACUAUCUCGCUCUAACUCCAAUGCCUACUUUGUAAGUUAUUGUUUUAUCUCCUUUACACUACCAAUCAAAGGUAAGAUCACCCAAGUAAUUUUAUUAAUUUUAUAUACUAUAAAAUUUUAUUUUAUUUUUAUUACCUAAAAUCUAUUCAACUGUAUUUUGUAAAGAUAUAAUUGUAAAUAAUAAUAUAUUAUAAAUAAUUACA